CAGGAGCCUCCGCGCAGAGAGCCGGAGGAAGACGUGGCCGCACGGCCUCGCGCGCGGUGCGUGCUGCUCUCCGCCAACCUGACGAACGCCGCGAAUCUGGCGAAGAUCGGGCAGGUUCGUGACAUCCUGGAGGCCACCGGCGUUCCCUUCGAGGAGGUCGACGGCUCGGACCCUGCCAGAAGGGAGCUGCGCACCGCCCUCUUCGGCAUCAGCGGGCGCGUCGCCGAGUAUCCCCAGAUCUUCUUCCGCGAGGGCGAAGCCUUCAGCUUCGUCGCGGGGCACAGGGAGAUGCACGACGCCAACGAGAUUUCGGGCAUGAUCAAGGCUAACCCGCAGCUGGCCGCCUCCGUCGAAGGCGAGCGGCUGUCCAGCCUGCAGGAGCUGCUCCGCGACGCGCUCCCCCCGCCCGCCGCGCCGCCCGUGCUCCGCGGGGGCGGGGGCGCGGCGCGGCCGGCCGCGGCCGCGGCCGCCGGCGAGGAGGCGGCGGACGGGGCCGGCUCCAAUGACGAAUGAAGCCGUGCCCCCCCGCGAGCCCCCGCGGCCGAUCCGCCGAUGCCGCCCCCUGAGGGCGAAAGAAGGAGCUGCAG